CCUUUGUUUCCGGUGGUUUUCUAGCAUGGCGAGUCACGGCAGAACUCAUGGUUGGCCUAAACAGAGCUCAAAUACAGCAUCGUAUGCGGCGAAAUAUGGCAUCACACAUCCGUCAACAACUUUGGACAGACCCAUUGACUUAUAUCCACUGACAAAUUACACAUUUGGAACCAAAGAACCUUUGUAUGAGAAAGACAGUUCUGUGCCAGCACGUUUUGCUCGGAUGAGGGAGGAUUUUGAUAAAAUAGGGAUGCGACGAUCAGUGGAAGGGGUCCUCAUUGUACACGAGCAUGGACUACCCCAUGUGCUUCUCCUCCAGCUUGGCACCACCUUUUUCAAAUUACCUGGGGGCGAGCUGAAUGCACAAGAGGAUCAAGUGGAAGGACUAAAACGUUUAUUAACAGAGACACUAGGAAGACAAGAUGGUGGUACCAUGGAGUGGGUCAUUGAAGAUACGAUAGGCAAUUGGUGGAGACCUAACUUUGAACCACCACAGUAUCCCUAUAUCCCAGCACACAUCACAAAGCCAAAAGAACACAAGAGGCUUUUUCUGGUCCAGCUCCCAGAGAAAGCAUUGUUUGCGGUACCCAGGAAUUACAAAUUAGUAGCUGCUCCUCUGUUUGAAUUAUACGACAACUCAGCGGGCUAUGGACCAAUCAUAUCCAGUUUACCACAAGCCCUAAGCAGAUUUAACUUCAUCUACAACUAAGCAUGAUGGGACAGGAAACAGAACCAGUUGAUGAUCGAUGACUGGUCAUACAGACAUCGACUGUACAAGCUGGUGAACUUGACAUUUGUAUAUAAGGACAUCGUUCUGUAACAAUAUUCAUGACACUGAAUAUCAUGUGGAGUGUAAACAUUGAAUUGUCAGGAAUAGUUGCAGAUUCAUAAGGAAAAGAAUUUCUGCCAUUUGCAACAAUGCAUCGAGUAAAGAUCAUUUCAUACUUAAUCAUCCAUUUUGAAUAAAAGUUGUUGUGUCGUACCAUAAUUCAGUAUUUUUGUUAUCACUGAAAAAGAAGAUAUCGCAAUAGUGAGUGUGUUCUUAUCCGACUCAUAUAAACUUUAAAGUGAAUCACAUUUUCUCUUGAGUUCCUCUACUGGCAAUCCUUACUCAUAAUAAAACCAUUUUAUGUUGUUGUCAAGUUAGCGAGAUGCUUUGAUUUGAUACUAAAAUAUACCUGGCAUACAAACAUGUAAAAGAUACUUUUCAACAGCAAACUAAUGCAGGAUUCAAAGAUUCUUUAACAUACAGGCUCAAUAUUACAUAUAGAAAAUGGACGGAGGCAAAAAAUAAAACUUCUUACACAUUUUUCCUGAACAUUCUCCAUCAUGAUUCAUCAUGAACUGUAUCUUUUACCAAAUCAAGAAGUAAUUAAUAUGAACAAUCCUGUGAAGGUCCAGAGGACUAACUUAGGAAAGGUGUUUUACAACAUUGGAUUAAAUGAAAUCAUUUUACAACCUUUAUUUUUACUUUCUUAAAUAAAAUUCAUCAGCCAUUCUUUGCAUUUGUAUCACUUAAUCUGCUUGAACAAGCAAAUCAUAUCGUCGCUAUAUUUUUCUGAAGGAUGUUUUGCAACAUGUAUGAAUGUAUUGGAAUAUUACAAUCUGUGAAAAAAUGAAUUUUCUUAGAUUGUUGUAGAGCCAACAUAAGUGAAUUAGAUGUUAUAAUGACCUUAAUGCUAUGUAUACAUGCAUAUGAUGCAUUGGAUAGAAGUGGUACUAUUUUCGUCAUGUUUGUAAAAAAUUAAACAAUCAUGUAAAUUAGAAUCUAAUGCACUUAAUCAAAUUGAAUCAAAAUUUGUAUUCUUUAUUUUUAUAGUCAGUAGAUAUGUGUUUGUGAUUUAAAGUUUGCAGAAAAACCAUUUUUGAUCGAGUCAUCUUUGUUAAAAUAUUGAUUGCUUCAUUUUGUCUGCUAUGAAUACCAACUUUUUUGUUGCGUGUAGUAAGCAUUAGCACCACCUGUUCAGUUUGUCCUCCAGUAUGUUGGUAUACAUAUUGUGUGGUAUUGUAAAUUGACAGCAGUCCAACACUGAGGUUUAUAUUUUCACCUGAAGAAAACAAUAAAAUAGAACAAAUUCAAAUAAAAUUUGGAAAUAUACAGAGUGUAGUAAGCUUUUGAAAAUGUAAAACACCAUCUGUCCGCAAGCGACUUUCAGUGAUAUAUGUAUAUACAUAUACAAAUGAACAAUGACAUUUAUUAUAAGCAUGUGCUUUACACCACCUUGGCUUAUUGCAUGUACAAUGUACAAUGUUUUAUAUAAGCUUAGAUACCUAUUUUCCUUAUUGAGAUAUAUAGAUAUCAUUGUGUUAUACACUUACAUAUGUUCCACUAUUUCUUUUAAUGUUAUAUUUCAUCAAAUCACAAACAGGAACAAUAAUCAUGUUUUGUUUUUUACUCAAAUUUAAAAAAAAAAAAGAAUGUUUCUAAUUUGAAUCUUUUCUUAUUUCUUCCUGUAAUUUUUUAUCGUUGACUUUUAAUAUUGUACAGUGAUGUUUCAUACUGCUUUUGGCAAACGAUUAAUUGAAUAUUUUAAUCAUCCUAACACAAGAGUCGUUAAAAUCUUAAAUGUCCCCUUAAAUCCAUCCGAUACUAAAUUGUAUCAAACUUCACAAAUAACACCAAAUACGUUUUGAAUUUCUUUGGAAUAACACAGUCAUGAACAUUUUAUUUGUGCGCAAUCACAAGGCCAACAAUCUCUUAUUAUGUUAUGUAUUACAGAAAUUGAAGCUAAAGGCAACAUUGUUUUUUUCACUGUUCAAACAAGAUUGCAAAAUAGGCUCUUUGGGAGCAUGUGCAAGUCUGUUCUGUCUUUGUUAGUUAACAUGUGUACAGAGUAGUGUGCUAGAAGUUUUACUGGAUAAGAUAUGUUCCAGAUUUGUGUAAGUGGGUUCAAGAUAGUUUCUGUUGUGGGGAACAUGUGGGAACGUUUGCAGUUUGAUCUCAUAGUGAGAAUGUGUGCAAGCGAUGGUCUCCACUCUGAGGAAAAGCGUGAAAGUUGGUCAUCGUUCUGGGGAACGAGUGUGAGAUGGUCACCAUUCUGGGAUACCUGUUUCUGGUCUUCAUAGUGACAAUGUGUGCAUGAUUUUCUCAAUGUGAGAAUGCAUGAAAUAAAAUAUACAAAUUUAUGUUAACUCUACAAUACACGAUAGACAAGUCUUAGUUUUGGUGAUGCAAGGAAGAAAAUUGUACUUUUUCAGAUGAUGCGAACUUCUAUAGUAAUCUCUAUUCACCAUGUGUACUUGACAAUUUGCACAUUUUACGUGAUCCGAAGUUAUCUUCUGGGUCAUUCGGCAGUAUUUCAAGUUUUGUAAAAACAAGUCAUUAUGAAGUAGUUAUUGUUGUGAUGAAAAGGGGAGUUUUUUCUGUAUUGUAAUUUUUAUGUUCUGAUAUGUAAUAAAUGCACAAUACAUAACA